AUGGCUGCGAACUGGCUCGCGCCGGUCCUCCUCACCGCCUCCGGCCGACCCGUCUUCCUCCCCAACGAGGUCGAGCGCUGCCUCAUAUCUGCCGUCGACCUCGAUGCCGAGGAGAACCCUGCCCUCCCCACUCUCCGAUCGGGCCUUCUCGUCCUCACCUCCCACCGUAUCCUGUGGAUCGACGAAUCCUCCACCUCUGGCCGUGCCAUUCCCCUCGCCGCCGUGGUCCACGCCUUUCCCCCUAAGAAGUCGCUGCGGAGCAUGUUCGCCAGCCCUAGGAUCCGGAUCCAGGUGUCAGUGUCGCCGGACGGGAGGGUAGGGGAGAAGGGAACGCGGUCGGAGAUGGUGACGAUCGUGAUGAGGGGGAAGAACGACCCAGACGUGUUCUACGGGAGGCUGCUGGAGGUCCUGAGGUCGAGGACGUGGGAGGCGUCAGAGGGAUCGGAAGGGAGGGAGCGGGGAUCGGGAUCGGGGGAGGGGGAGGGGUCGGCGAGGGUGAGGAUGCCGGUGGUGGGGGUUUCGGGGAUUCUCAGGAAGGAGCAGGAGAUGUGGGAGAGCACGGACAAGAGCUUGCAGGAGGCGUUCCACGACCUGAACGCUCUUAUGAGUAAAGCUAAGGAGAUGGUGCAGCUGGCCGAGAAAAUGAGGCAAAAGCUAUUAUUAGGAUCAAGUGCUCAAGGAAGUGCAAAUGAUGAUGAGUUGGGCUCUAAACAAGAGAUGCAGGAUUGGCUACUAAGUGUUGGUAUUGUGUCACCAGUCACAAAAGAGUCUGCAGGUGCUCUAUAUCAUCAACAAUUAUCUCGUCAGCUAGCAGAUUUUGUCAAAUUACCACUUGAAAAGGCUGGAGGGCUGAUUGCAUUGAUAGACAUUUACUGUCUGUUUAAUCGUGCAAGAGGAACAGAACUGAUUUCGCCGGAGGACCUUUUACAAGCCUGUGCACUUUGGGAGAAAUUUGAUGUCCCAGUAAUGCUUAGGAAAUUUGAUAGUGGCGUAAUGGUUAUUCAGAAUAAGGCCCACAGUGAUGAUGAGGUUUUUGCAAGAAUCACAUCCCUGGCACAGAAGCCGGAUGCCCUACGGAUGGGAAUAAGCCCCAGUGAUGCUGCAUUGACUUUAGGAAUUGCACCAGCUCUGGCCAAGGAACACAUGCUAACUGCUGAAAGCAAAGGUCUUUUAUGCAGAGAUGUUAGCCCUGAUGGCUUCCGCUUUUACAUUAAUUUAUUCAAAGAAAUAGAUCCAAGUGAUAUAUAUUCAAGCUACAAUUUAUACAUUUGAGGACUGCAUCGCUGCCUCCUGUUUCCUCAACAUCCAUUGGGAGUGGUUACUUAUCUCUGCAGAAAAUAGAGAUCGAUUAUUAAAAGGAGAAAUAAAUCAUAUUUCUUAUUUGGAGCACCAAACAGAUUUCUGAAUCCUUCUGGGAUUAACAUGAUGAAUAUGCAUGAAUGUGAUGGCACACCUUGCAUUAUUUUUUGUCACCCGUCUUCCAGUAAAACCUGAUCCCAUUAACCUAUUACAAAAAUUCAUCUGAAGUAGUUUGUAUUGUUUAAAUAUGAGUUCCUACUGGGUACAAUUUUCAUCUUCCUAUGUUUUUUUGGGAUAUCAUGUUUGAGAUGUGUUCCUUUUUUCACCCUCCAGCUUUAUAUUAUUGUCAGGAAUAAUGGAUCAUAUAUGAUUGACACUUUGUUCAUUUGCAGGAUUAAGAUUACUGGACUCUUGGAUGCUUGGGUUUCUGCUGUGUCUAUCUCUGGACAGACAUAGCAUUCUGUCUAUUAAUAUUUUUCAGAUGACGAAUCUUAUUUGAUCAGCAGAAAGCAGCAGUCAGUGAAAAUAAUGGUGUUGACCUGAAGCACGUGGUCUUACUGGUUUCGCAGCAUUUUGUGUUGCCUUCAUGACAGCAUCCAUAUCGAGGCUUGGAGGUGCACUCAUUGCUCACUGUAUGAAGUAGACUAAGAAUAUUAGAUUUGAGAAAUAAGGCUACUCUAUGUUUGCAUGCUCAUUUGUGUUCAAAGCACCUGCGACCUCAAUGUUAUGUUAAUAGUCAUUGUUUUGAUUACCGUCAGCUGGUAAAAUUAAGUAUAGCUCAGUUAUCCAGUGUACAUGGGUCUACACUAACAAUGGGUAGAUUUAGAAACAGAAAGGAAACAUUGUUAUCUGUUUAACUAAUAUCAGUACAUGUGAUCUAUCCAGCAUGCAGAGUGUUUCUCUAGUUGGAUUUUCUUUCCAA